AUGGAAGAAUCAGAUAAUCAACAUACCAAUACAACUUUGACUACAACUACAACUACAACUACAACAACUACAGAUACACCCAUACCACCUCCACCACCUCCAGUAACUAAUACAAUAACAACAAAUAAAAAAGGAAAAGUUAAAGAAGAGUUCUUUAAACUUGACAUUAUCGAUUUAAAAAACAAAGAUAAUGAAAUAAUAAUUAAUGACAAUAUUUUAUUUAUACCUGCAAAACCAGUGGUUUAUGUACCAUUAUCAAUAGUUUUUAAUAAUAAUACAUUAAUAAAAAAAAAACAUAUUUCAGAAUGUAAAUGGACUGUAGGAGAUCAUGAUGUCACAUCAAAGCUAGAUAUAUCAGAAAAGGCAAUUACUUAUACUCCAACAAGAGACCAAGCCAAUAUGGAUUUGAAAAUUCAUAUGAAACUAUCACCUACUAUCACUCACGAAAAAGAAAGCCAUGGAAAUUUUAUUUCAAAGUUAUUUAAAUCCUCUUCUUCUGGCUCUGUAGAAGAGAUCAUAAUAAACUAUACUCAUAAAAUAUUAUUCGAAAAUAGUAGAGAAACAUUAAAAAUCAAAGAGUCUUCAAAUAAAGAAAAUCAAUUCAAAAUCAUUACAUUUAACAUUUUAGCUGAUCUAUAUGUAUCAGACCACUAUUACAGCUAUUUACCACCAUAUGCAUUAAAAUGGAACACUUAUAGAAGCCAUUUAUUAAUUCCACAGAUUUUACAAUAUGACGCUGAUGUUGCCUGUAUGCAAGAAGUAGAUACAAUGUAUGUCCAGCUAUUUUCAGAAAUGAAUAAAAAAGGAUACCAGCAUUUCCCAGAAUACCUCGAUUCAAAAACAAAUACACCAAUGCAACUCAAAUAUAGAGAAGGAUGUUUUAUAUUUUUUAAAAAGAGUAGAUUUAAUUUUAUUAAAGGUUUACCAAUUGACUAUAGAACUAUUGAACAAGGAAAUUUAAUAGAUACUGAAACUGUUUCAAAACUAAUGACUGACCAAAUAUUUAAACUUGUAAUUGGUACUCACUUACAUGAUUCAUCUCAUCAUGUAAGACAUUGUUUGGUAUUGGUUGAAGAUAAAGUUACAAAAGAAAAAAUGAUAUUUGUUUCAAUUCAUUUAUAUUGGGGUAGUUAUUCAGUUUACCAAAUUCAAUGUGUACAAAUUCAUUUAUUUUCAUUAAUUUUAAGAAAGUUUAUUAAAGAUAAUAAAUUAGAUAUAAACAUACCAAUAAUUAUAUGUGGAGAUUUUAAUAGCUCCCCAGAUAGUAGUGUAUAUCAAUAUCUUACAACAGGUUCAAUGUCUAAUGAUGACCCAAAUUUAACAAAUAGUGGUCAAUAUCCAACUGCAUCAUUUUCAAAUACUGAUACAGAUAAUAAUAGUGACGAAUCUAAUGAUAUAAACUCUAUUUCACAUCCAUUCAAAUUGACAAGUGCAUAUGGUCUAAGACCUGAUGGUGAACCUAAAUUCACAACAACUACAAAGGCAUUUUGUGGUAAUAUUGAUCAAAUAUAUGUUUCGGAUAGAUUUAAAGUUAACACUUUAUUAGAAGUUGGCGAAAAACAAGAUUAUAAUAUUUUACCAUCCUUAUCAUUAGCAUCAGAUCAUAUUUUAUUAAUGUCAGAGGUGGAGUUAAACUCAAAAUAAAUAAUAAAAUUAUAAAUAAACUUUAAAUAAUAAUAAAAUUUUAAAAAAAAGAUAUUUAAUUUUUAUUUAGGGUUAUAUUAUAUGUGUGUGGGUAAAUAUUAUUUAUUAUAAAAAAAAUAAAAAAAAAAUUAAAGUUUUUUCUUUUUAUAUCAUAUAAAAUGAUUUUACUUUAUUUAGAAUUAGUGAGUAGUGCUCU